CGCUUUCAACGAUCGCGCUCCGGUUUAUCUGUCUCUUCCCGCGAUUUUUCAAAACAAGUGAUAAUAGAGUUCGUUCCCUAGACUUGGAAUCAUCUAGUGGUGGCCUAUAGUCAGAAUCAGUCAUCUUUGAAAGGAAUCGUUAUCAGAGACCGGAUCAAUCAGUUGUGCAAAAGUGCUCCUAAUCAUUCUGAAUCCUUCUGGAUAGCGAAGUGUAUUGAUAUGUGUUUAUUAAUUGGGUCUUGGGUUUUGUAUCUGAAAUCAACAGGAUCAGGUUGAUAGGUAUCGGAACAAUGCACCGGUUUCGGAUGCAAGUUUUUCAGAUACGGUUUCUUCUCAAGAGAAACAUCAUCUAAUGUUUUAGUAUCAGUGCCGAAUGAAACUUUGGAAUUACUCAAAGAUACCAGAUGCGAUUUUUAGAGUUCACCGAAAAUCUGGACAUGUUAGAUGAUCAUCACACUUUAGGAAGUAGUGAAUAUUUCAUUAUAUCGGACAUAUAAAUUUCUGAUCAAAAGAAAUAUUUAAGUACAGUUUUUAAAAUUAGAACCGAACGAAUCUGCACAGAUGCAAUGAUGCUCCCCACCCAAAUCACCUAUGUUUUAACAUGUUAGAUAAUCCUAAAUAUUCCAGGAGAUGUGGACUGUGAUCACCUAAUUUUUGAAUAUUAGUGUGCUAGUCUCGUGUUUGAGAAGAAGCUGCGGAAAUCGACAGGGAACCGGUAGGUAAUGUUGCUGGAGUCGCGUGCCCUCGCCGGAAGGAAGAGAAACGGACUGAUCCUGUCUACGUUUGGAGGAGGUGGCGGGGGAGGUGGUGGCGGUGGAGGAGCCCAAAGUGAGGAGGACGAGGAGGACUCUCGGGGCCUUCUCGGAAGGAAAAUGCAGGCCGAAAGCACCACCGCCGCCACCACGGCCGUUUCCUCGGGGUUGUCUGGUUGCACUAGGGAUGAGGGUGAUGAUAGUUCCAGCCAGUCACCCAACGGUAGCCUCCUCAAUAAUAUUAAUAAUAACUGCAAUUCGAAUAGACAAUGUGCGACGGAUUUCAGCAUUGCCGCGAUCAUGGCGCGGGAUUCGCGUCAUCAGCAGCAGCAACAACAACAGCAACAACAAACACCGGUGCAUCAGAAUUAUCACCUUAGGCAUAAUCAGCAACAAGCCGUCGGCGGCGGAAAACUUCAUCAGCAUGAAAGGGAAGCCAGUGUUUCCGGGAUCGUACGAGGUCCACCGCCCCCAGAAACGGGAGACAUUGAGGACGAACCGGAAACGGAUGACACCGGAAGUACGAGUGGAAAAGCUCCAUCGCCAUCGAAUCCACUCCUUCAGGAAAGAGCGAAUUGUGAUGAGCUUAGGCAUGUUGUUUGCCAUCUUGAAACCAAGGAACUUUGGGAUAAAUUCAAUGAACUUGGUACCGAGAUGAUCAUCACCAAGACUGGCAGGCGGAUGUUUCCAACCUGUCGGGUUUCCUUCAACGGUCUGAGACCCGAGGGUCGAUAUGCGGUGCUUAUGGAUAUCGUGCCGGUGGAUAACAAAAGAUAUAGGUACGCUUAUCACAGAAGUUCGUGGUUGGUUGCCGGAAAAGCGGAUCCGCCAGCUCCAGCUCGAUUAUACGUUCAUCCAGAUUCUCCCUUCACCGGAGAACAACUUCGAAAACAAGUGGUUUCCUUCGAAAAAGUCAAGCUCACCAACAACGAUAUGGAUCGUCAUGGACACUUGGUGCUUAAUUCGAUGCACAAAUAUCAGCCACGAAUUCACCUGGUGAAGAGGCCGGACACCGGAAAUGGAGAUCCGAUAGAGGAUCUCGAACGGGAGCCUCACAAAACCUUCGUAUUCCCGGAGGCCAUAUUCACCGCUGUCACCGCCUAUCAGAAUCAGCUCAUCACAAAGCUGAAAAUCGACAGCAAUCCAUUUGCUAAAGGAUUUAGGGACUCUUCUCGACUGACGGAUUUUGAAAGUUAUCCUUUCAGGGAGACGAUGGAGACGAUGUUGGCUGAGCAGCAACUGCAGAGGUACCCCCACCGGUUUCCUUUCGAGAUUGACCAAUUGCAGGCCGGGGCAGCCAAUAACCUAAGUUUAGAAGAAAAGGCCCUCUGGGCUGCUCAGUCGCAACUUCUCCUGAGGGCAGCUGCAGCUGCUGCAGCACCCUACGCCCUGGUUAACCCCACUCUCGUCUACCCCGGCGCAGCAUCAGCAGCAGCGAGUUCCAGUCACCAGCAGCAGCAGCGACAGCAAUUGGGCCAUCUCUGGUGGGGGUCAAUUGGCCCCACCCUUUUUGCUGCAGCUCACCAUCAACAGCAACAGCAGUUGGCUGCAUCCAGCACCCAACAACCCUCUGGUCCUGCAGCACCCAGACCUCUUUAUCCUUCCGCCAUGGCUCUUUCGCAUCAUAGAUUUUCUCCUUAUCAUACAUCCCCCACUCCUAAAUCUUCAACCCCUGCACUUCCUUCACCUUCACCUUCGAGGAGAGCCACCCCCUCUCCAACGGAGAGUCUCUGCAGAGAGGCUCAGGAUUUAUCUCCUUCGUAGUGGAGGAUUUAGGGCCAAGGCUCGUCGAAGGAAUUUCGAGGGUUCUGGUGAGCUGGGUCAGAGUUUUAACCAGAAUUUGAAAGAGGACCAGGAAUAAGAUUGUUGAUGGGAUGAAGAUUGGAAGGCUUGUUCUUUAGUGAAUAUUAGUUUGGAAAUUUUUUGGGGGAAUGGAAAUUGUUUGAACGUGGAAAUAUGUAAACGAAAGUUUCUCUGUAGCAAAGAAUGGACUCUCUUGUCAUAUUAAAUUAUUGUUAUUAGAUUAGACUCUUACCAAGCGCCCGUUGCUCUGGGCCGUAUUCCUCACCAAACGCGUGCUUGUUUCAGACAGGCACCGGCUUGUGCACGUGAAUAUAAUGCGGUGCUCAGGACGCUCGGUGAGAACAGGCGCUUGGUGGAAAAGGCGCUUGGAGCAAAAGACGCUUGGUGAAAAGGGCGCUUAGUGGAAAAGGCACUUGGUGAGAGUUUAUUCUUUAGGCUAAAAAAAUGCAAUUAAAAUAAAUAAAUUUGGGGCAGAUUAAUGUAAGGAGAAGUGAGAAGCGUUGUACUUGAAAAUUACCUCGCAAACGGCCUUCACGAGUCGUGCCACCAUCGUACUGAGUACGUUCAUUGUAAAUAUUCGACUCGACGAGAUUCGUUCCAAUUCGACCCCGCAAAUACUAUGUACUUAAACAUAAACUUACGCAUAGACAAACUUUUAAGUAUAUUCUUGAAACGUCCAGGGUCGACUUUAAAAAUGAAAAAUUCCCUUACUUUGAUAUAGAACCUAGAAAAUAAAAAUAUUCAAGUAAAAAAAGAUCUCAAAAUUAAUGAUUAAUUUUUAAAAAGACACUUUUUUAAAUUAAAUUUUGUAAUCAUUAGGUAAAGAGUUAAACUCUAAAUUGCUUUCAUUUAUAUUUAUGCAAACUUUAUUUAAGCUUCCGAAAAUUUAAGCUUUAAGAAAUUUAUUUAUUCAAGCAUAGCAAUUCAUAUCAAUUGAAAGGUGCCAUGUAAAAAUUGAAAGACUAUUUGCUUUUUUAUAACUAUUUUAAAAAUUUAUUUGAAAGAAUAUAUAUCAGUUUUUACUGAUGUAAAUAUUAAUUUUGAAAAUAGUUUUUGGGUCGAUCAUGGAUUAAAAAAACAACAGGAUUACGUCGAUAUCAACGAGUACUGUAUAUACGACCGAUAGGUAAUCUUGCCUCCAUUUGUGUAAUAUAAGCUGUAUAUUUCAUAUCAUGGCCUAUUGUUAUCGUUAUUUAUGUUCUAAUCGAUAUUAGUUCUCAAAAAGAAUACAGAAUCCUUCAAACAUCCAAAUUUUCAAAAAUCAACAACCCACGGUAAAUUAUUUCAAAUAUUUAUAUAGAGGUUUUAAGAAUUUUUUCUCUAAAAAAUGGAAAGGUUAGAACAUUUUUUAUUCUGCUUGGGAACUACGAUUUUUAUCGCUACAAUGAUUAGCAUUAGCGUAGAUCGUUAUAUUGUUAACGCUUGUAUUGUGAAAAAAAAACAACGCAUACCCAUUUCUGUGCGAGCUGCUCCCUUGUAAAUAAACCCAAUAAAC